ACCACCUGGCCGCGCACCGGCAGCCUGGGCGCUCGGCGGGAAUGGCGGGUUCCCGGCUACUGCCGCUGGCGCUGGCCGUGCUGCUGCUAAUGAGACCCAGAGACUCCUCUGUCGUCCUUGUAGUCACAGGUGUUGCCUUUUCAGUAUUCUGGGAAAGAGGAACAGGAUCAGAAAACACAAGUCCAGAGUCCACGACUGUCUCCUCCACCUCAAGUUCAGAGUCCACAUCUGUCUCCUUCACCUCAAGUCCAGACUCACCCCUUGCCUCCACCUCCCCAAGUCUGGAAGUGACAUCCACUCCAGACUCCAGCUCCAGCUCCACAGGAGCAAACUCAGGCUCACCCUUCCCAGAACCAGAAACAGCCUCUCUCCCUAGCUCUGGCUCCCCAGGUUCCGAGCCGACCACCAUAUCCCAAUUCACGAGCUUGCUUCCACAAGGUUCACCUACCGUGUCCAGCCCCAGCCAGGAUGCAGACAGCCUGUGGAUCCCCACAUCACACAGGAACCCGGGCGUGGUGAUCGCUGUCUGUCUGCUUGUGUCUGUCUUGCUGGUUGGCUCUGUGCUCACUGCCGUGAGACACUGUAACCGAGAUGCCGCAGCUUUUCAGAAUCUGGAUACAGUAUCCAUGGGCAGCGUGAGCCAGAGGCUGCCGUUUGCCGACCACCUCAGAGGCCUGGAGAUGGGGUGGGGAUAA